CUUUUUUCUUCCCAAUUUUUGCAUUCCUGUCGCAUUUUCUGUCCCUCAGAUGACGACUCAUCCUCUGCUGUCACCAUUCACAGAUCUGACGCUCCUUCAAGAGGACACAGACGACUUCUCGUACCAAGUAGGUGAUGAGUUGGAGGAUGGGGAUGAGGAGACAGGUGGUGCUGAUGAGGGAUGUCCUGAUGAUGAGGUAGAGGAUGAAGAUCCCACCAUGUCUGUGUUUGACUCCCAACCCGAGGAACUUCUGACUCCGCUGGCUAAACUGGAGAGGAAUAUCAACUCAGACAGCAUCUUUAACAGACAAAUGAUUACGCGGAGCCUGUUGGAGACGUUGCGGAGCGUGUACCGUGACCAGGAUGGGACCAUGGCGGUCAUGCGUGCCAUGGUGCAGCUCUCACAGGAUGUUGAGCCCACAGUGCGGGCAGAACUGAUGGAACAAGUGCCUCACAUUGCCAUGUUCUGCCAAGAGAACCGUCAGUUUGUUGGUGACAUGGUGCCGCAGUACGUACUGCCCAUCAUCGUCAAGUACCUGACUGAUACCAACAAUCAGGUAUGGAGUUUCCAUGAGGUGCGGAAGACUGCCCAAGCUGCUUUGCUGGUGCUACUGGAACAAGAACUGGUGGAGAGGGGUGAUGUAGAAGAACAAGUGGUUCCCCUGUUGCUAGAACUGAUCGGUCCAGAGAUGGGGGAUGACUACAAGACAGAGGCAGUAGCUAGCUCAGACUACAAUGACUUCAGCCGAAGAACUGGCCAGGACCUUAGUGAGGAAAUGCUGACCGCUGCUAUGCUGAUGUGCAAGAUGGCGCCGCUGCUUGGGAAGGAUAUCACCGAGCGCCUGCUGCUGCAGCCUUUCCUGGACAUGUGCACAGAUGGACGCAUGUUCCACAUCCGGAAGGUUUGUGCUGCCAACUUUGGUGAGAUGUGUGGAGUGGUGGGAACAGAGCUGACAGAGAGAUUAUUGCUGCCCAAGUUCUUCUUCCUGUGUGAGGACGGUGUGUGGGGGGUGAGGAAGGCGUGUGCCGAGUGUUUUAUGCAGGUGUCCAGCGCCGUGACUCCGGAGGUGCGGAAGGAGAGCCUGGCGCCUUGCUUCGUCAACCUCAUCACGGACCAGUCACGAUGGGUGCGUAUGGCAGCGUUCCAGGCCCUGGGUCCCUUCAUCUCCACAUUUGCUGACUCAGCCAUGACUGGGCUGUUCCUGACAGACGAUGGUUCAGUCAGGUUCAUGCUCGACGUCGCUGAUAACCAACAGAAGAUCAUUCUGGAACAGGAGACGCCAUCAGAAAGCAGUUCGGACAGCGUAGAUGGUAGGAAUUUUGAACAGUCUGGAAACGGUGAUGAUGACAGCGGGCGCCUGUCGGAGAACUCUGACAGCGACCGUGACCUAGAUAGCCCAUCCUCCCCACCUGAAGCCACGCCCGUGGAACCCAACUCUACCCUUACACAGGAGGAAACGAGAAGAGAUUCUAGUGAUGAUUCAAGGACUAGAGACGAGUCUGAAAAGGUUUCAGGUCCGGAUGUGGAAUCAGUUAGUAAAACCACCAGCCAUAGUGAAAAUGAGAGCGUAACAGCCUCCUCUGAUACACAAGAAAUGUCUGAGAGGAAAACCACAGAAAGCCUUCCCCCUUCUGCCACAAAAACACUGUCCCCUGAUGAAGGAAUAUGCCUUGAUGGCCACAACUGCACUGGCUCAACAACCAAUGCUGCUAGUAAGGAGGAUUCCAAGGAAGAAACAGGAGAAUCUCAAGGAGAAGAAGAACAGCAAGAUGCCGAGGCCUUCAAUUCCUUUUUAUACUGGCGCGCUCCCCUGCCAGAUAUAGAGUUGGACUUGGACUUGGUAGAACAGGGUAGUUUAGAGCCGGUAGACGCGCCGCGUGAACGGUGCUACGCCCUGGACGCGAGCCAGCUGCGUCGGGCGGGGGGUGACGAGGUGGAAACCGUUUGCCAGGCGGUCGCAGAGACACACCUGGAGCCGGCGAAUCGCCAGACGUUCAGCGUCAGCACCCUGACAGGUGAAGGGAGACAAGUAGAGGUGACUAACGUGGAGAGGCUGAGUACAGGUCCCAGCAUGCCUCAGGUGGCCCAGGUCAGUGAUGCCGCCCAUGUUCUGGCUGGUCCCAGGACACAACAGGCUCCUACUGUACUCAACAACGCACAACAGCGUGCGGUGUCCAGCCAGGAACUGACCCCUCCUCCCAGCCCGUCGUCCAGCCCGGCCACCAGCCCCACCAGCCCACACCACCUGUCCGCUCACCUGGACAACCUGAGGAAACAGGAUGUAAUCCCCCAGCCCCUGUUGGAUCACUACCUGUCGAUGACGGACCCGUCCCGGGCGCAGACCGUGGACCAGGAGAUCGCCCGCCACUGCGCGUACAGUCUACCGAGCGUGGCCUUCACGCUGGGCCGCGACAACUGGCACUGUCUGCGGGACACGUACGAAACACUGGCCAAUGACAUGCAAGUGAGUACAUGGAAGGUGCGCAGGACCCUGGCCUUCUCUAUCCAUGAGCUGGCGAUCAUCCUCGGUGCUCAGCUGACUGACCAGGACCUCAUCCCCGUCUUCGAUGGCUUCUUAAAGGACUUGGAUGAAGUUCGUAUCGGCGUCUUGAAACACCUGGCUGAUUUUCUAAGGAGACUACUCCCAGAGAGGAGGAGGGAGUACUUGGCACGGUUGAUUGAGUUUCUGAACACAGACAACCACCGCAACUGGAGGUUCAGAUACGAACUGGCAGAACAAAUGAUGCAGCUGGGUGACCUGUUCCCUGCCUCGGAGCUGGCAGAACACGUGUGUCCGGUCGCCCUGUCCCUCGCAGGAGACAAGGUGUCAGAUGUCAGGCUCAUCGCUUACAAACUGGUGGCAGUGCUGACGAAGCAGCUGCAGGAGGACCAUGAUGACGCCCUGGUGUUCCACUUCCUGACGGACCUCAUCACUAACUAUGCACAGAGCCGCCGAUGGCAGCGCAGACAGACGUUUGCCUUCCUGUGUGCAGUGUUGUUAGAAGAUGAGUCCAUCCGUCCCUCACUCUUCGCUCACCACCUGCUGCCCAGUCUGCUCACCUUGACCUCUGACCCGGUGCCAAACGUCAGGAUAGUCCUGGGCAAGACCCUGUCCCAGGCCGUACUCCCCAGAGACUAUUUCUCCAGUGAACAGAACCCAGAACACGAGACCCUGCUGCAUGCCAUAGAAAUCCUGAAGAUGGACUCGGACAGGGACGUCCGCUUCUACGCCAGUCUUCCCCCCAAUCCUCGCACCAACUCCCCAGAUGUGGACCUUGUAUGAUGGUGACUGGGGAAGGCGGAAACGGUGCUCCCAUCACCAUGGAAACAGGGAACGCUGCGACUUCUAUCGUCCCACCCAUGCCACAGUCUUUCCAGGGAACACGUCGUCCAACCCGUAGCAAACGUGCAAUGGUCGUCUAUGAGAUAAAGCUGCCAAGUCAUGUAUUACCGGUACAAUAAGACAGGAUACAGAACUUUGGCCUGUGUUCUUUCACCCAUCCUGUUCUUUUGAGAUUAGAUAUAUGUCUGUCUGCAUUCCUAUGUUACAUCAGAUGUGAAAUGGGACCAUUGUGCUUUUUAGAUGCAGGCUACAAGAUAACAAACAUUAAAAGGAGAAUUUUACCCAUAACUGUACACCCUUGUUUAUCCAGCUUUGAAACUCUCACUAUGGUGUAUCCA